GUCCAUGCUUGAUGCCGUAGUAAUGUCUGUUUCAGGUCACAGGGUCUGUGGUACUGUGUUUGUUUUUAUUUCAUUGUAAGACUUUUACAGACAUGUUAAAUAUAAUGUCAUACAUAUUACUCUUUAUCAUGUACUGUGUAUAGAAAGGACAAACAAGCUCUCGGUAUGUAAACAUUUGGAACAGUACACUGCAAUGUAUUUAGUUAAGCAACAUUACCACGCAUAGGUUUUGUUGUAACUUGCGUUGUUUUGGUUUUGGUGACCGGAAGACAGGUGUAAGAUGAAUAUUAUGAGUGAUUCGCACUUGACCCCAGUGCCUGUUGAGCAGGCGGUUUUGCAGACGUUCUUCUCUCAGCUCGGGAUCUUUUCGUAUGACAGAGCCAAGGAUUAUGUGGAGAAGGAGAAGGAAAGCAGUAAGACCGCCGGGGCUAGCUGGGCAUCGGUACUGGCAGCACUGGCUCACCUGGCAGCCGCAGAGAAAGCCUAUCACAACAUGACAUUUCUGGGACAAAAACUAGGUGGCCAGUCUUUUUUCAGCCGGAAGGAUUCCAUCAGGACGAUAUACACGUCGCUGCAUAAUGAGCUCAAGAAGGUGGUGACGACAGGACGCAAUGCAGUGGGGGGGACAGCACCCCAUCUCGAAGAGCUUCUUUCUCACCUGUCCGAACAGCUCUGCUAUUUCAUUCAAGCCCGAAUGGAAAUUGCUGACUUCUAUGAAAAGAUGUACUCCCUUAGCAGUCAGAAAUCUGUCAACUCUGAGGAGCUGGUGAGCACGCUGGAAUCUGUUCUGCACAAGUACAGUUCAAGAUUUCACCAUCCAAUCCUGAGCCCCUUAGAGAGCAGUUUCCAACUUGAGGUGGAUGUGCUGACCCAGCUGCUGAAGUGCCAGGCUCAGAUUUCCGAAUGGAAGUUCCUGCCAUCCCUUCUCAACCUGCACAGCGCCCACUCCAAGCUGCACAGCUGGGGCCAGAUCUUCGAGAAACAGCGGGAGACCAGGAAACAUCUGUUCGGCGGGCAGAUCCAGAAAGCCGUACAGCCCCCACACCUCUUCCUGUGGCUUCUGAAGUUCAAAAACAUACUCCUGGCCAAGUUCAGCUUCUACUUCCAUGAGGCCCUAAGCCGGCAGACCACACUGUCUGAGAUGAAGACAUUGACUGCCAAGACAGCCCCAGAUUACUUCGGGAAGAUCUUCAGCUUCAUCCGCAAGUACGACGUGGUUAAUGUAUCGCUCAUCUUCGACAACCGAGGUUCAGAGAGCUUCCAGGGCCAUGGGUACCACCACCCCCACUCCUACAGAGAAGCCCCCAAGGGGGUGGACCAGUAUCCAGCUGUAGUAUCGCUGCCCAAUGACCGGCCAGUGAUGCACUGGCCCAACGUGAUCAUGAUUAUGAGUGAUCGAGCCGCGGACCUCAAUAUGCUGGACAAGGUGGUGCAUUUCUUUGACGACAAGGUUCAGAGCACCUACUACCUGACUCGACCUGAGCCUCACUUCACCAUCAUUGUCAUCUUCGAAUCAAAAAAGUCUGAGAAAGACUCCCACUUUAUCUCUUUUUUGCAGGAGCUCUCCAGCUCCCUCAAGAACUCCAAGCCGUUUUCUAGUUUGAAACCGGGAUCAAAGGGAUGAAGAGUGCAAGUGCAACACAAUGAGCAAAAUCAGGCUAUUGCUUAUGUUGGAUUAUUACAAUUCUUUAAGAGUUGCAUACAUGUCAUUCUGGGCUCUGCCUCCAACAGUUUGAAAUUGGACUGCGUAUUAAUUAUUUUUCAACAUAGCAAACCUGUGUACAUGUAGAAGAACAGAUAACUCUCAAAACAGCAGACCAAUAAAGUAAUCACAUUUUAUAUUUUUCUAUAUAAGGCACUAAAACCAUUUUAUUAGUUAUUCUAGGAUGGUUAAUCUUGAAAGAAUUGAGUUACCCAUGUAAUGUAGACUAACAUCACUAACUGAAACGCAAGGGACAUAGGAAUAAGGUAUACUGAAGGAAUUUGAGACAACAUAUGUAAAUGUAUUGCAUGUUACAGCAGUUGUAAAAGUCAGAACUACAACCCAUUUAAUACAUAGACAUUAUAGUUAUUACUUAGUAAUUAUUAAAAACCUGCAGUUCAGCCAUCCUCAGCAUUUUGACUUUUACAUUAGCCUCCGGAGAUUCUGGGGAUAGAUGUACUCCUCCAUAAAUAUGUACAACAUAUCGAAACGUUGGGCAGCUGGCUCUUUGAGCUAAUAUAUAUAUAUAUAUAUAUAUAUAUAUAUAUAUAUAUAUAUAUAUAUAUAUACAUAUAUAUAUAUAUAAAUGGCUUGUCCUCCAGAGGAAUUGUGCCAUUAUAUCUAACCCCUAUCACUUUAAAACAAGUUCAGAUCUUGAGAACAGCAGUUUUUGCAUGUAUGCUAUACUGUAGCUUGUUGAUUUAAAUUAGCUUCAUGUGAUUAAAAGUCAAAUAUAUGGCAGUCUACAUGUAUCUGGUUUUGAUAUGUUUACCAGUUAGCCAAAUGGGCCAAAGAACAUGUUUGUCUUGGUUUGAUAUGAUUGCAAAAAUGAUACGCAAUAAAGCUUUCAUUAACACAUA